AUGGUCUCUCCUUGGAUUCUGAUACUUCAACUUAUCUAUGGUCUCCAUUGGAGAAUUGUUUUUGCAACGUCAACCUCAAUAAGCAAUAAUAAUUCUACAUCUAUAAAAAAGUAUGGCCUUCCACAACUCACAGUUGGAUAUAUGCAUACUGGUGAUUAUUAUAUAAACGUUACACUUGGCACACCACCUCAAAAACAACGAUUGUUGAUAGAUACAUCCAGUCCAUACACUUGGUUCUUGUCAGGAGUAUUGGAUGCACAAUGUAACAAGUUAAAUAGUGGCUGUCUUAAUGAUGGAUUAUAUUAUCCAGGAGGAUCCACAUCUUCAAUCAAGAUAGAUGAAUUUACAUCUCUGGAGUUCGAUGAUAAUCAGGAUGGUGGACAAAAUUUCAAUGGAACAAUAUUCAAAGAUAAUUGGAAUUUUACUGAUAUAGAGAUGGUUUAUAUUGAAAAUAUCAAUAAAUCAAAAGGUAUGACACCAAUUAGUUCAAACGUAGUUUUGACAAAUAAUUUUAUAGAAUUAAAGAAUUCCUCAUUAGCCUGUAUUGAGGAUACAGAUGAUGAUAUUGGGGCCUUGGGUUUAGGUGGUAAUGUACAUUUACAGCGUAUACAAUCACGGAAUUCAGCCUUAAAUAAUUCUUUAAUGUUUUUAGAAAAAUUUACAUCUGAUGGUAUUAUUCCUACUCAAUCAUAUUCGUUAUGGUUAGGGAAUAGAACUUAUAAUUAUUCCAGUGGUCAUUUGGUGCCUUUACCUAAUGAUUAUGAAGGUGUUUUAUUAUUGGGUGGUGUUGAUGCCUCCUUAUACGAAGGUUCAUUUUAUCAAUUUAAUAUGAUACCUUAUGUUGGUUCAUAUUCAAAUACUUCUACUGUUGGGUUGCCAAUCUUGCCAAUGGGACCUAUAUAUAUGAGUGAUCGUAAUGGACGUAAAGUAAAUGUGACAUCAGAGCAGUAUUUGAGUCCAGUCCUUUUAGAUUCUACAACUAGUGGUUUAUAUCUUCCCCCUUCAGCUAUUAUUCAAAUUGCCAUUCAGUUAGAAGCUACUUAUGUGAAAUCUUUAGGUAGAUGGUUAGUUCCAUGUUCUAUUUCUAAAACAGAUGCUCAUUUAGAUUUUACCUUUGAUGGAUUAGUAGUUGAAGUACCACUUCUAGAUCUAUUAUCAACAACUAUCGAUCCUGAAACAUCUAUGAAAAUGCAUUUUUCAGAUGGCAGUACAGCAUGUUCAUUAAAGCUAUUUUCUGAUAUUGAUAUUGGAUUUAGUAUCUUAGGUAGAUCAUUUAUCAGAAAUUCAUAUAUUGCUGUUGAUAUGGAAAAUUAUUCCGUGGCUAUUGCAAAGGCAAAAACUUUAAAAAAUAUCAUUUUGGAUACAACUAUUUCAACAAGUCAAGGAGUGGCGACAAAUUCUGCUUCUGCAUUGGUAUCUAAAUCUAGUGCUGCUAAAAACUUAUCGAUUCAAGCAAUUACUUCUGACUGCAUUCCAUAUGCUACUUGUCGUAGUGCAAUAACUAGAACGCAUUUGUCCAUACAUGUGACUACUACAGCAGCUGAUGUUCCAGCUCAGUUUACUGGCAUUGUUAAUUCCAAUGGUUUGAUAUCAGGUGCGGGUAGAUCCUUUUAUGAUACAUCUAGAACUUCAACAACCAAGAAGAGCACCUCUCCCUACAGUUUUUUCUCUCUAGAUGGAUCUGGUUUGGAAUCACUGAUCAAUGCCACUGGUACAGCAUUUGUUAAUUAUGGUCAAAGAAGGGCCCUACCGAUACUCAUUGAUCCACAAAACAAUAAAUCAGUAUGGUCAAAUAUGGAUCUAUCAACAUGGUUCAGUAUCAUAGCCACAUCAACAAUAUUUAUGUUGACGUUAUGGUUAUAG